AUGGAGUUCCAGCCCCAGCCCCAGGUCCAGGCUAGAAGACGCCGACGCCGCACCCACGGCUACCGCCGCUACAUGGGAGCCCGGAUGCGAACUUGGGGUAGAUGGGUGGUGGAGAUCCGUAUCCCUCUCGAACGAGAAAGGCUCUGGCUGGGCACGUACUCCACCGAGGAGGAAGCGGCCCGGGCUUACGAUGCCGGCAUCUACUGCCUGCGUGGUCCGGCGGCGCCGCUAAAUUUCCCCAACGAUCCGCCUGUCAUCCCGUUCGCGGUAGGGCUCUCGACGCCGCAGAUUCAGGAGGUGGCAGCGCUGCACGCUCGCCGGGCCCUGGUGCUGCCCAACCCGCCUCCGGUGGCCCCAGGGGACGAUCCGGAGCCGAACCCACCCCCGGCAGCAGCAGGGGAGGAAAACCCACCCCCACCGGCAGCCGGGGAGCCAGACCUACCCCUGCCGGCAGCAGUGGAGGCAGUCCCAGCCCCUCCAGUCCCAGAAAACCUAGACCCACCCCCACCCCCAGCGGCUGCAGCAAAGCGAAAUCCUCUCCUUGGGGCGUGGGACCCCACCCAACUGCUCCUGGACAGGUUCGGAGGCGGCAGUGGCUUUUGCACCGGCGAGUGUAGCUCAAGGGACGAUACUGAUGUCCCUACAAGGAAGGAUAAUGAACUCCUCUCUCUCCCCCCCAGAUGGCUCUCUCUUUGA